AAUCGUUGCUGGGUUUUCAGACACCAGCCUGCGGGGUCGUUCUCUCCGGCUGUUGCGGGGCGGUGGCCACGCCUAGAGGCCUGCGUGGACCUCGGGGACGCUGAGCUGCAACUCUCGGUCCUCCUGGCUGCGGCAGCACCGGGCGGGAGGAGGCGGGCGCCAGGUUCCCACAGGAUCGAUUCGCCGCCAGGUUUUGGCGGGGCAGUCAUGGCGUCCCAGCCGAGUUCUUCUUCCAAGAAGAAGGAGGAGAAAGGCAAGAACAUUCAAGUGGUGGUGAGAUGCAGACCAUUUAAUUUGGCAGAGCGGAAAGCUAACGCCCACUCGGUAGUAGAAUGUGAUCAUGCUCGGAAAGAAGUUAGUGUGCGAACUGCAGGACUGACUGAUAAGACCUCAAAGAAAACAUACACUUUUGACAUGGUGUUUGGAGCAUCUACGAAACAAAUUGAUGUUUACCGAAGCGUUGUUUGCCCAAUUCUAGAUGAAGUUAUUAUGGGUUAUAAUUGCACCAUCUUUGCAUAUGGCCAGACUGGCACUGGAAAAACUUUUACAAUGGAAGGUGAAAGGUCACCUAAUGAAGCAUAUACCUGGGAGGAGGAUCCUUUGGCUGGUAUAAUUCCACGCACUCUUCAUCAAAUUUUUGAGAAACUUACUGAUAAUGGCACUGAAUUUUCAGUCAAAGUGUCCCUAUUGGAAAUCUAUAAUGAGGAGCUUUUUGAUCUACUUAGUUCGUCUACUGAUGUUUCUGAAAGGCUGCAGAUGUUUGAUGAUCCCCGGAACAAGAGAGGAGUGAUAAUCAAAGGCUUAGAGGAAAUUACAGUACACAACAAAGAUGAGGUCUACCAAAUUUUAGAGAAGGGGGCAGCAAAAAGGACAACUGCAGCAACCUUGAUGAAUGCUUACUCUAGUCGUUCACAUUCAGUUUUUUCCGUUACGAUACACAUGAAAGAGACCACAAUUGAUGGAGAAGAGCUUGUUAAGAUUGGAAAGUUGAAUUUGGUUGAUCUUGCAGGAAGUGAAAAUAUCGGGCGUUCUGGAGCUGUUGACAAGAGGGCCAGGGAAGCUGGAAAUAUCAACCAGUCCCUGUUGACUUUGGGAAGAGUUAUUACUGCUCUUGUGGAAAGAACACCUCAUAUUCCUUAUCGAGAAUCUAAACUAACUAGAAUCCUGCAAGACUCCCUUGGGGGACGCACACGAACAUCUAUAAUUGCCACCAUUUCCCCUGCAUCUCUUAAUCUUGAGGAAACUCUGAGUACAUUAGAAUAUGCUCACAGAGCAAAGAACAUAAUGAAUAAGCCUGAAGUUAAUCAGAAACUCACCAAGAGAGCUCUUAUUAAGGAGUAUACGGAAGAGAUAGAGCGUUUGAAGCGCGAUCUUGCUGCAGCCCGUGAGAAAAAUGGAGUGUACAUCUCUGAAGAAAAUUUUAGAGCCAUGAAUGGAAAAUUAACUGUUCAGGAGGAACAAAUUGUUGAGUUGGCUGAAAAAAUCGUUGUUCUUGAGGAGGAGCUCAGUAAGGUUACAGGGUUAUUUGUGGAUAGUAAAAAUGAACUUGACCAGUGUAAAUCUGACCUCCAAACCAAGACACAGGAACUUGAAACCACUCAGAAACAUUUACAGGAAACAAAAUUACAACUUGUUAAAGAGGAAUAUGUAUCUUCAGCUUUGGAAAGAACUCAAGAGAAACUUCAUGAUACUGCCAGCAAGUUGCUUAACACAGUUAAACAAACUACUAGGGAUGUGUCUGGUCUCCAUUCUAAACUGGACCGCAAGAGAGCGAUUGAUAAACACAACGCUGAAGCUCAGGAUGUUUUUGGCAAAAACCUCAACAAUCUGUUCAAUAAUAUGGAAGAAUUGAUUAAGGCUGGCAGUGCAAAGCAAAAGGCCAUGCUAGAAGGUCAUAAGACACUGUUUGGUAACCUGAUGUCAUCUAGUGUCUCUGCCUUAGACACCGUUACCACAACAGCGAUUGAAUCUCUCCUGUCUAUCCCAGAAGGCGUGUCCACUCGUGUUUCUCAGAUUUCUGAUAGGAUAUUGGAAGAGCAGUCAUUAGCAGCACAAAGUAAAACUGUGCUGCAAGGAUUGAUUAAUGAACUUGUGACUGAGCUUCUCGCUUCUCUGAAGACCAUCUUAGCCCCAGGUGUGGUUUCCAUCUUCAACAUCAACAGGCAACUACAGGAUAUUUUUAGGACAUCGUUGACAGUGGCUGAAAAGAUAGAAGAUCAGAAAAGAGAAAUAGACGGAUUUCUCCGUGUAUUGUGUAACAAUCUACAUGAACUCCAAGAAAAUACAGUUUCUUCCCUGGCUGAAUCGCAAAAGCUUUGUGGAAGCUUAAAUGAAGAGCUGAAGAUAAUAAAGGAAACCCAUUCGCAGGAACUUUGCCAGUUAAUCAAUAGUUGGGCAGAGAGGUUCUGUGCUUUGGAGAAGAAGUGUGAAAACAUCCAGAAACCACUGAGCAGUAUUCAAGAAAAGACAGAGCAGAAGUCUACAGAUAUAAUCAACAAAACAACAGAUCACAGUAAAAAAAUUACUGCCGAUUCUGAUGGGUUGUUACAAGAACUCAGACACUUUAACCAGAAAGGCACACAGUUGGUUGAAGAAUCUGUGGGACAUUGCAGUUCCCUCAGCAGCAACCUGGAAACUGUAUCCCAGAAGACCACACAGACUUGUGGGACCCUGAACACAAGUGCAGUUGAUUUUUCUGAGCAGUGGACAUCCUGCUUAAGCAAGAGGAAGGAGGAACUUGAGAACUUGAUGGAGUUUAUAAAUGGAUGUUGUGAGUCUUCAAAGUCAGAGAUCACUGAAAAAUUAAGAGGAUACACAGCUGCUGUUGAGAACCAGCAUAGUUCCUUUGUUGUUCAGAUAACUUCUGAUGAAGAGAAAUUAAAAGCGGGAAGCCUAGAGCUUGAUGAAACUAUAAAAACUGGUUUAACAAAGCUUAAUUGCUUUUUGCAACAGGAUCUGAAAUUAGAUAUCUCAACAGGUUUGACACCAGAGAGGAAAACUUAUUUAUAUCCAUCAACACUGGCAAGAACUGAACCCCGGGAACAGCUCCUUGAACAGCUGCAAAAGAAAGAGCCCAAGCCGUUAGUGAUGCCAGACUGCUCAGACAACACAGAGAGCAGUGAGGACAUGGAUGAAGAGAAGGAGGUUCUGGAGGAGUGUCCUGAAGAACUUUUAAGUCAAGAGACAUUUGUACAUACCAGCGUGGAUUGUUCUUCCAUUGGCGGUGUUCCGUUUUUCCAGCAUAAAAAAUCACAUGGAAAAGACAAAGAAAACAGAGGCGUUAAAUCAGUGGAGAAGUCUAAAGCGGAAGAGAACUCGGAGCAGUCAGUGUCAAAGAGCAGGCUGCCCCUGCGGGCUGCCAUCAAUCUCUAGUUACUCGGGGUUAGAAAUAAGGCUGAGACGCCACAGUUUUGAACACAUGUACAGAUUAAGAUAAGACAGACUGUGUCAAGACAGCACAGUAAAUGUAGCUGAAUUAAAAGCCCUGUUUAUCAUCCCUGUACUCCAAGUAAUGUAGUAAGUUCGAUUUCAUUUGGGAUUUACAUGGAUGUGUGUUUCUAGCUUUAGCUUUCUAUAUAAAGUAGCUCUUCUGUAACAAGUGGAUAUUUUUCUUGCAUAUUAUUAAAUACCAAACAUGAAAAUUGUUGUUUCAGGUUUGGACUUAACAUAGGUGAAUGCCAUCUCCCCUUGCUGUCGUGAUAGGGCUGAGUUCAGUGUGUUUUUCUUUUUUUUUUUUUAACCUCUAACCACCCUUUUCUGUUCUGUCUUCUCAGCUCACUUCUCCCUUUUCAUGUCACUAACCCAUUUGUAGACUGCAGAAAGGUUUCCUUAUUAUGAAAAUCCCAGGAUUUUACCUAGAAAUCUUAUGUUUCAUUGAUUACCUCUAUAAUCAUUGUCAGUAGUAAAUCUGACCCUGGAAGUCCCCUUUCUUCAGCACUUGUCAUUUGUUCUUCCUUUGAUAUGCAGCAUCAGUUUCUCAGUCCUUCAUAAGGUCUAACACAGGCCUCCACACUUCAACAGCCUCCCUGGAGUGUCAUUGUUACAGGAGACCUGUCUGACCCUGAGUCACCUCCCAGACCCCAUUCUGAGGCCUCUGUCUCUUAGAAAUGACAAGACUAUUUUGAGACUACCAAUUAUGACUAUAACAUCUAUUUUGUUUAUCUUUUAAAACUUUAUUCUUUGUAUAUAAUAAAAUAAAAUAUGUAUAUACAUUUUCUCUGUUGAAAUCUUAACCCUUGCACUUUUGAUCUGACAAUACUGUUUCUGGAAGCUGGGCCAUUUCAAGAUGAACCAGAGCACCUACCUAGAAGGAACAUACGUAGGGAAUAAAUGCGGUCACAUCAAGUUCAGUGUAUACAUUUUAGAGUAAUGUAAUGGUUUCUAUUUUUGAGAUAGUCAUAGUGUAGCUCAGUCUGGCUUUGAACUCGCUAUGCAGCGCAAGCUAUCCUAGAACUCAGGACAAUCCUGUGUCACCCUUCUAAGGGCUGAGGUUACAGACAUCAUCAUUAUACCUGGCUUCAGAGAUCUGACUUUCUUUGUAACUAAGAGCUAGCCCUUAAUAGAAAAAUUAGAAAAUAUGCUACUUCAAGAUACUGAUUUUUCUAGUGUCAUUUCUCCAGCCUGAUGUAGUAACAGAAAUGUUAUUUUAAUAAAAAUAAUGGAUAAAUUUCUCUGCAAACAGAUGUCAACCUAAAUCUGUGGGGUUUUUUAAAUAAGUCUAUAAUGGGUAAAUUUGGUUUUUAAAAAAACAUUUUUUUAUUAAAUUAAUGUUUUGUGUAUGGAUAUUCCGGCUGCCUGUAUGUCUGUGUACCGCCUUUGCGCUUGGUGUGCUUGGAGGCCAACGAGGACACAAGAUCCCCUGGAACUGCUGUUGGGACCGUGGUGGGCCACCUCGUGCGCAGCCCGAGCUCUUAACCUCUGAGCUGUCUCUCCAGCCUUGGAAUUUGUUUCCUUCACCUGCUUGUCCAUCAUUUCUUAUUUGGCAGUGAUGUUUAUAGAGGUGAAAAUCCUAAAAUAAACUUCUACACAGGUCCCAUCAAGGAAGAGAGGAGGUUCCCAGUGUGCUCCAAGGACAUACACCUUCUCUAUUUGAUAUGUAUAUGGGAAAAAGACCCACCGUAUACAGCGUGAAGUAGAUUUUGUCAUUGUGCCUCAGUCAUUGUGAAGUUCUCAGGGAGUAGUACUGCAACUAAUUUAACUGCCUGACAUGCAAAUAUAUAACAAAAUUAACACCCAAAGCCAGAACUUUGCUCUACAAGUCUUCAUGUGCAGUGUCAGGCACUCAAAUAACAAAAGAGUGAAAGCAGCAAAAAUGGGAGUUUUGCAUGGCAUAGUGAUAAAGGUUCAUAAUUCUGGAACCCAAGUGGCUGAAGCAGGAAGAUAAGUUUAAGGUUAGCCUGGGCUACAUAAUGAAACCAAGCAAACAAGAUGUCUUAGUAGAUAACUUCAAGGACUUUUUUCAAGUGAAAGACUUGGCAUUUUGUCCGGACUCUGGAAACAGUCAAAGGUUUAAAGCCACCAAGCAUGUGCUGAACCAGGGAAAUAGCAAACCCUGGCAGUAACGGCCUUUUCCCAUCCUUCACCUUGAAGAGUCUACACCAGUUGUGACAGGCCUCUGGAGAUGGCUCCACUGCUGAAACCGCUGCUGUACAAGGAUUUGGCAGCCACCCCAGACGGGCCCAGCAGUCGGCAUUGGUAUCAACCCUGAGGGCUGAUAAAGUGAAGACAAGACAGGUGGGUCCCUAGCGCUCGGUGGCCAGUCAGCCUAGCCAAGGAAUAAGGUCCAGGUCCAUAACCCACAGCACACACAAGAUGGAGGACUCAUGGUUUCUAGUUCCUAACGAGCAGAGUGCCUUCGUUCUCAAAACCUGCCUGAGGCGACCUGAGUGACAGACAACGGGUUUAACCCAGAAGUGUAAGGUGGGGAAGAGUUCUCAGUACAGCACAGAUGAAACACCCACCCAGUGUAAACAGUUACAGUUUGGGUAAAGAAAAGACUUGCAUGUAAACCUGAGGGCAAGCAGGGGAGAGGAGUUCACCAGGAAAUGAGGUUCAAAAGAAGUACACAGGAAUUUAGAGAGUUAUGAACACACACAGUGGCAUACACAAAGCUCCAAGGCAAAGGGAGAUUUUAAAGGACCUGAUGCAUUUGAAGUGUGACCCGACACAGCUAAUAUGUCCAAGCAGUAUUUUCUUGGUUUUACUUUUAGUUGUCUAGUUUUCAAGGAAACUUCAAUUUUAUUAAGGAUUUUCUUUUAUGUGUAUAUGUGGAGGUGUGAGCGUUGCAAGCAGUUAUCUACAGAGGCCAGGAGAAGGUGUUACAUCCCGACAGCCAGAGGUACAGGGGGUGGAGAGCUGCCUAGCACACUGGGACUUGACCGUAGCUCGGCUUAUAAAAGCAGCAAGUGCUCAUAAGAGCUGAGCCAGCUCUCUAGCCUCUCCAAGGAAACUUCUGUAGAUAUAGUUUAGGAAAGUCACUCUGUCACUAUGACUAUAGCGAGCAGGAGAAACAAAGCCUAAGCUGAGAAUUUGAUUUCUGGUCAGUACAUUAGGAUAUUCAAACCAUCCAGCUUCAAAACAAAAAAAAAGCGGCCUGUGCGUUCACAGAAGAAAAGCAGAAGCAGCUUUUCCUGGAGAUGUCUUCACAAAGUCAAUAUUCAUGUUUGGGGCUUGUGUAUACACUGUAAUGAUAUGCCAGUGUAUAAAUGCCAAGGCUACACAGAGAAACCCUGUCUCAGAAAAGAGAGAGAGAGAUGCAGUGUAGUAUUUUUUUCACCUUUGUUUUAAGUAAAGAUUCUUUUCUCCUAA